GCAGCAACGUAGUACACUCAAGAGUCAUAUAUUAAUUAAGAAACACCAUCCACCCCCAUGCCAUGGAUCAUGGCUUCAACCAAAGCCCUGUAAACAUCAAAUUCUCCAUCAGGCGUUGUUCGUCCCCUGGGAGUACAAUAUUUGCUACUUGGUUGCUGCAGUUGGAUUCACUGCAGCAGUAGCAGAGUCCCAAGGUUGAGUCCUGUUGCCAACGUGGCUGGGCUGAACAGCCACAUGUGCCUCUCCUGCUUUUGUAUUGCCUGGAAGUGCACACACUGGGAAGCACAAAGGAAGCUGGGGCCAUGGCCCCUUGCCAUCACCAGUUAGUCUACCCCUGGGUGGAUCAGCCCUUCUGGUUAAACGGGUCACUGCCCUUCCUCUUUGGGCCUUCCCCAUCAUCACCGAACAAGACUGCCACCGAGAUGAGUCAAACCGCCAGACAACAUCUGCGCCCUCCACACACGUCCAUGCGCUUGGAUAGUUCAACUGGUGGGCUCAGCCCAGGCAGCGGAAGCAAAGAAACCCUGGUUGACUGGGGGGGCGUCUGGUAGCUGAACCUUUUCAGUGUCCCAAGCGCAGCUGGGUGAUCUGGUUCAUUUUUGACUGAUCCCAGAAGGUAGACAAGGCCUGUGAAGACAGCAGUGAGAGGAAGUUUGGCCUUGAAUGGAUGUACUCUACCAGGGUUUGAGAUCUGCUGACCUGGAGAUUCUUGUAAGUGAACAUGUAAGAGUACUUGCUUAUGAGCUGCUAAGUCCUUGCCAGGAACAGAUCAGAGGUUGCUCAACUAAACACACAACCAGUUGAUCUGUACAGGACAGGAGAAGGAGAAUGUGGUUCAUCCCAUCAAAAUAGCCUGGAGUGAACUCUAAUAAUCAGUGUCUUGAGACUGAAACUCUCAUUUGUGCAGGAGGUCUGACCCUGCAAACCUCCUGUCAACACUUCAGCUCUAGCCAAGCUUGCUCUUCCUCUCCAGUGGGGUCAAAUGGACCCAUCUACCUGGAGCUUGGUGUCCAUAUCUGGAAAGCUAGCACCUUUGUAAUUUUAUUUCUACAGUUUCCUUCUAUUAAAAUAUGGACAAAAAAAAAAAAAAAAGCAACCCAAACAAAAAACAUUACUAAUGACAGUCAAAAAAUCCCCGCACAAAAGUGGCAAAGCCAAGUACCAAAAACCUAGAAAUUGCCAGAAAUGGGUUUGCCUGGGCAGCCUAGCUUCAGCUGUCUUGUGCAUAUGAUCACUUCCUGCAUUUUGCCUUGGAUUGCUACCUCUUCAGCACCCAGGCUGGACCUUAGCUGGAGGGAGCAAUAAGCUGGACAGCUAGGCUGCCUCCUUUCUUAGCAGGGCUGGGGAAGCCCUAUCAAGUUGGUGAAGCAAGAGACUGCAGAAAGAAAGGUGGUUCUCCUGGGUAGACAGCUGAUGCCUCCCUGGAGAGCUCGGUCUGUGUCUACCCCUGCCUUGAAGUUACUCCGUGAGUUGGUGAGCCACAUAAGCAAGAGCAUUCAUAGGAGCAGCCACGUCUUCCUCAUUUCCCAAGCUGCUUUACAGAAGUGCUAAAGAUUUGCAGAUGCAGUCACAGACACCGGGAUAUGGGGUUUGACUAAACUAAGUGCUGUAUAGUGCCAAAACCAUCAAAAAAUUGAGAUCCUAUUUGGUUCAAAAUGUGUAUUCAAAAUGAAUGAGUGCUUAUGACCUAAAUCUCCUUUGUCUCUUAUUUGCACCUGUUAAAUAGGUAUAACUCCAUCCCCUCAUCAUAGCUCUGGAUCUGAAAAGGUGCCUGAGAAAACAGCUUCAUUAGUAACCCUGAAGCACUCACUCAGUGCUGAAGUGCCGAGCAUUAGAAAGAGUCCAUGAAGAAAUGGAAAAGCAGGAUGUUGGAGCGUGCUGACUGCAGGACAAGAUGAAGUUUCCGGCCACGUGACUUUCAGCUUACAUCCCUGAGUUUCUGAGAAACCACAGGAGGCUGAGACCUAAAGGGAAGGUGCAGAAGCUCUGAGAGGAGAGGCAGCGAAAGUGCUGGACUGCUGGGCAGGAGGACAGGAGCUUCUGGGACAAGUAAGAGUAGGAAGCCAAGGGUCACAUCAGAGGUGACAGAGGAGGGCAGAGGAGAGGCAGAGAAGCAAGACAAAAAGUAGUCACACCAAGAGCACAAAGGAAGCUGAAGAGACCCUGGGAGCCAGAAACAACAGCCAUGCCCCACAGCUCUGACAGCAGUGAUUCCAGCAGCUUCAGCCAGUCUCCCCCUCCCAGCAAGCAGGACUCUUCUGAUGACAUGAGGAAAGUCCAAAGGAGGGAGAAGAAUCGCAUUGCUGCCCAGAAGAGCCGCCUGAGGCAGACCCAGAAGGCAGACACACUGCACUUGGAGAGUGAAGACUUGGAGAGACAGAAUGCUGCCCUGCGCCGGGAGAUCAAGCAGCUGACAGAGGAAAUGAAGCACUUCACCUCGGUGCUGAGCUCCCAUGAACCGCUCUGCUCCAUCCUGACAUCCCCUCCACCGCCUCCAGAAGUGCUUUAUGCCACACACUCUUUUCACCAGCCCCACAUUAGCUCCCCACGCUUCCAGCACUGAGCCAGCCAGCAGGAGAGCAGCCUGCCAGCUCCACUGACAGCAAGAAGUAACUUUGUGGGGCUUGCUUUCCCAUCCAAGGGAAGGAAUUGGACAGAUGGACAUUCCUUCUUAAAGUAUGUAUUCUGAGUGAUUUGCCUAAGACUUGCUCCCUGUGCAGAAAUGGCAGAGCCACCAUGAAACAUCUUUGGACAGUUUCCAGCUUGGAUUCUGGGAGGAAGAGGCAGUCACAAAAGGGCACCAACCCCCUUCUCUGGUCCUUGUCUGGGGAGACUCACAGGAGUGUGUGGCACUGGCAGUCUCCAUAAGAGCAGCUGGCCAUGGCACACAACAGCCAGACCUCCAGGAAGAGGAAAGGGAGCAGGGAUGGAGGGGAAGGUUGGGGGCCACAGAGUGUCAGGGCAAAACUGGUUUAUUUUUGUAAAAUAAAGAUUGAAAAUGCUUAA